AUGGCUUGCCAGCAUCUCGACUUGAUCGGGCUGACACCCCCUAACCCUUCUCAGUCCGUCUAUCGCGAAGAUUGUACUCAAUGUUUCGACUCCAUCGACGAUCCUGCUGGACUCGAUGUCUGCCUCCAGUGUUUCAACGGAGGAUGCGCUGGCGACCGUAACCAUGAUAGACUUCACUAUGCGCUGACCCAGCAUCCCCUCGCUCUCAAUAUCCGCCGCACAAGAAAGAUUGUCGAACGAGACGAACCACCCGCCAAGAUGUCCAAGCUAGCUAUCGCCGCCGAAACCGAGGAGGACCGAUAUGAUACAGCGCUGACCGUCAAAUGCCUCGACUGUAAUACCGAACUCGACCGAACACAUCCCAAGCUUGCACCUAUGGUUGACGGUAUUCUCAAGGCGAACACAUUUUCUCGAAAGGAAGAGGUCAAGGCAUGGGAACAGGAGCUGACCAGCUGCGAGCAUAUCUUGAUGCUUCAGCAAGCACCCGCCAAGAAGAUCGAGCAAAACGACUUGAGUCACUGCUACGCUUGCGACCUAGCGGAGAACCUUUGGCUGUGUAUUGAGUGUGGCAACCUAGGAUGUGGCCGUAAGCAGAUGGGUGGCGUAGACGGAAACUCACAUGCUCUCGCUCACGCGAACGAGUCCGGUCAUGGCGUCGCUGUCAAACUGGGAUCUAUCACGCCCGAGGGAACCGCCGAUAUUUACUGCUACAAGUGUGACGACGAACGAGUCGACGACAACCUGGGCGAACACCUGAACCACUGGGGCAUCGUGUUGGCGGAGCGUCAGAAGACGGAAAAGAGCUUGACUGAGAUGCAGAUCGAGCAGAAUCUCAAGUGGGACUUCAGCAUGACAACGGAAGACGGAAAGGAGCUCAAGCCUCUGUUUGGUCCUGGUCUGACUGGCUUGAAAAACCUCGGAAACAGCUGCUACCUUGCCAGUAUCAUCCAGUGUCUGUUUGACAUGCCGUCAUUCCAGGAAAGAUACUUCCGACCCAAUGACGAUCUGCCGAUUGUGCCCGAACCAGCUGCGGAUAUUGAGACUCAACUCCGAAAGACAGCAGAUGGACUUUUGUCUGGACGAUACUCUAAACCUGACGCUGAUGUUGCUGCAGAGGGAAUCACACACCAGAAGGGUAUUGCGCCAGCCAUGCUCAAGCACCUCAUCGGCCGAGGACAUGAAGAAUUUUCUACAAUGCGACAGCAGGAUGCACUCGAAUUUCUCCAGCACUUAUUCAAGCUCAUCACUCGAUCUCCUCAUCCCGAUGGAAAGGACCCUACACAACCCUUCCGCUUCGUUCUCGAACAAAGACUCCAAUGUCUGGGAUGCCACAAGGUGCGGUACAGCAGCAACGAGCAAGACAACAUUUUCAUCGACGUUCCCCUGGAAAAGCUACCUCGUGAGGAGGGUUCAGAGGGCCCAGAUGCUUACAAGCCCGUGUCACUCAAGGAGUGUCUCGAUAACUUCACAGGAGCAGAGAAGGUUGAGCUGACUUGCUCUGCUUGUGGAAGCAAGGAUGGCUUUACCAAGCGAUCGUUGUUCAAGACAUUCCCCGAUACCCUGGUCGUCAACGCACGAAAGAUGACUGUCGUCAAUUGGGUUCCUAUUAAGGUUGAUGUUCCUGUCCUUGUACCGGACGAGCCCUUCAACCUGGACGAGUAUCUAUCUAAGGGACUGCAGCCCGGAGAGGAACAACUGCCGGACGAGCCUGAGGUCAAAGCUCCCGCUUUCGAACCCGAUGCUGCCGCCCUCGCUCAGCUCGAAGCCAUGGGCUUCCCCCGCAACCGUUGCGAGCGUGCUCUUCACGCCACCGGAAACUCCGACGCCAAUGCCGCGAUGGAAUGGUUGUUCGGACACAUGGAGGACCCCGACAUUGAUGAGCCCCUCGAUCUUGGUGCUCAAAGUGGUGGCGCCAACACCGCUGACCCUGAGAAAAUCGAGAUGCUUGGAGCUAUGGGGUUCGGUGCCCCUCAAGCCAAGAAGGCACUGAAGGAGACAGGCGGCGAUGUUGAGCGGGCUGUUGAGUGGCUGUUUAGCCAUCCUGACGACCAAGGAACAUUUGAUGAUGAUGCUCCCGCCGAAGCAGCUGCAGCUGCUCCGAAGGAACCUGCUGGAAGUGCCGAUUUACCCGCUACUUUCCAACUUCGAUCAAUUGUGUGCCACAAGGGUACAAGUAUUCAUGCUGGACAUUACGUUGCUUUCAUCCGCAAGGCUUUGGGAGAUGCUAACGUUCCAACUUGGGUGCUCUUCAAUGAUGAGAAGGUCGUUGAAGCUCAUGAUGUUGAUGAGAUGCGCAAGUUUGCCAAUGGGCGAGGCGCAGUUGAAUUUGAAGAUAGGCCGGUUGCAUAA